AUGGACAUAGAGAAGGUCAACUCCAUGGACUUCGGCGAAUUUGUGGAUGUGUUUGGGAACGUCAUUGAAAAAUGUCCUCUGAUUGCAGCUGCUGUUUGGUCCCAGCGUCCAUUCUCUGACUUGGAAGACUUAGAGAAUCACUUUUUUGCUUUUAUGGAUGCUCUUCCAAGGUCAGAACGAAGCCCAUUCCAGGACUUUUGGCGGAAGUCUUCAGGCCCUUGCAUCCGGCCCCCUUUCAACAUCAAAGCCCCCCUGAGAGCAAAGGACUUUGAAAAGAUAGGAGUAGCCUGGACUUCUUAUCGCUCCCCAGCUCUCGGCGGAGCAGGCCAGGAGGGCAUCCUGCGCUGUCAUCCGGACCUAGCCGGCCGCGAUCUGCAGCGUGGCACGCUCACCGCCGAGUCGCAGCGCGAGCAGAGCCAAGCGGGCCUCACCAGCCUGGACGCCGACGACCGGCAGCGGCUGCAGCGACUCAACGCCCAGUACCGCCAGCGCUUCGGCUUCCCGUUCGUGCUGGCUGCGCGCCUGAGCGACCGCGCCGCGGUGCCCCGGGAGCUAGCCCGCCGGCUACACUGCCAGCCCGAGUCGGAGCUGCGCACCGCCCUGGGCGAGGUGAAGAAGAUCGGCCACCUGCGCCUGGCGGAUUUGCUAGGCGCCGAUCCCGCCGGGAUGGAAUCGCCGCGGGGCUAGGGAUCCGAACGCCAGCCAGCAGGAUGCGCCACGGAGGGGACUUGGCGCUGUACAUCCUUCGCCGGAGGCUGGCUCGGGCCUGGAAGGACAAUCCACUCACCCACACAAAGGAAGUGGAGAAUUGAAGCUAUCACACGGAUAAUGCAUCCUUUGUGCACCCAUUCUCGCGAGCACGCGCCGCCAAAAUAUGUCCAAUUCUAGAGCGUUUAGCGCGUUGCCCUCGAUUUAUCCAGAUCGCUGCUUCAAUUCUCCACUCGCCUUGCGGUCCGGCCGACACUACAGCCUUGGCGGACUGAAAGCUCCCCUCCGGUACCCCAAUUCUCUCCUGCUAAGCAGGAACUGGAAAUGCAAAAAGGCACUGAAACAGGA